UGUUAUUUCUGUCCCCUGUGUUGUCCUGGCUGACGGGACAGCAGGUGAUAAUGUGUGUGCGUAAAGUCUGCAGUGGUGUGUUGGGUCUGAUUCCUGUCUCGGAGGUCCAGUGCCAGGUUUUUCAGCGGCCUCUGUCUGUGUCUGGCAGCAGCGCAGCAUGAAAGCAGUGGGAAACAGAAACACUAUGGCUGCCUCUCUUACUCUUACUCAGCAGCUCUCCAGUGGAAAUCCCAUCUAUGACAAAUACUAUCGUCAGGUUGAUCCGACUGGUAGUGGGCGGGUGGCAGCAGCUGAUGCAGCUCUGUUCCUGAAGAGGUCGGGCUUGGCUGACUUGGUCCUGGGGAAGAUCUGGGAUUUGGCAGACUCUGAACGUAAAGGCUCUCUUAACAAGCAGCAAUUCUUCAUAGCGUUGCGGCUGGUGGCCUGUGCUCAGAAUGGCCUGGAGGUGGCGCUCAAGAGCCUUAAUGUGGCUGUUCCUCCCCCCAAAUUUCAUGACACAAGCAGCCCGCUGUUAGCAGGAGGAGUGGCUGUUGACAUUCCCUGGGUCGUUAAGCCUGAGGAAAAGUUGAAGUUUGACUCCAUAUUUGACAGUCUGGGUCCAGUGGGAGGGAUUCUAACAGGAGACAAAGUCAAGCCUGUCCUGCUCAACUCCAAACUGCCAGUGGACAUCCUUGGCAGGGUGUGGGAGCUCAGUGACAUCGACAGAGAUGGCAUGUUGGACAGAGAUGAAUUUUCUGUGGCGAUGUAUCUGGUGUACAGAGCUCUGGAGGGAGAGCCUGUUCCCAUGUCCCUACCACCUCCCUUGGUUCCUCCCUCCAAGAGGAAAAAACCCUCGGUGCCUCCCGUGAUGCCCCUGUUACCCUCACCCCCCUCAGUCAAAGACAGUCGCUCCUCCCACGCUGGCUCUAAGACCAUGCCCCACCCCCCUAAACCUGCCCCAGCUCCUGUCCCAACACCAGCAGCUGCCCCUUGGGUGGUGUCGCCAGCCGACAAAGCAAAGUAUGAUGAGCUAUUCAGCAAGACAGACAGUGACAUGGAUGGUCUCGUGUCUGGACCUGAAGUCAGAGAUAUCUUCCUCAAGACUGGGCUUCCCUCUGCCACACUCGCACGUAUCUGGGAACUCUGUGACAUUGGAGACAUCGGGAAACUGACCAGAGAGCAGUUUGCCCUGGCUCUCCAUCUGAUCAAUCAGAAGCUGACUAAAGGCCUGGACCCUCCGCAGAGUCUCUCCUCAGAGAUGAUCCCCCCGUCUGACAGACAAAACAUCAAACAGAACAACGUUGUUAACCUGGCAGCUGACUUCUCUGCGAUCAAGGAGCUGGACUCUCUCAGUAACGAGAUUGUCGAACUACAAAGGGAGAAGAGCUCUGUGGAAGAUGAGAUCAAGGAGAAGGAGGAGGCCAUCAGACAGCGCAGCAACGAAGUGCAGGACUUACAGGAUGAGGUGGCGAGGGAGAGCGAGGAGCUGCAGCGGCUUCAGGCUCAGCGUCAGAAGGUCCAAGAGGCCCUCGAGGAACUUGACCAACAGAAAGGCUCUCUGGAGGAGCAGCUGACUCUUAUUCGCCAGCAGACCAACCAAGAGACCCAACUGAUUUCAUCGCUGCAGUCGGAGCAUGAGGAGCAGGAACAGAGGAUAUGUCAGUAUGAGGAGGAGCUGGUCCAGGCCCGAGAGGAGCUCCUCGCUCUGCAGGAGGAGAGCAGGAGGCUGCAGGAGAAGGUCCAGGCUGCUCAGGAGCAGCUCACACCUCUGCAAGAGUCUGUCCGAGACUCCUUUACACAAGUUGCACAGGCUAGUGUCCUCCACGAUUACAAAAAUGAAUCCAAAGAUGUGAUUGGACUGUUGGAUUUCAAAUCAGUAGGGAGUGACAACAAAAGUAAUGUUGUUCAGCAGAAACUGAACGACCUUCAGGUGGAGGAGAGGUCAGUAACUGCCCAGCUAAGCUGGAAGAGAGCCCUGCAGGACAGCUCUCCUGUCAUGGUCAAUGGAUCAGCAGGCUCCACUGCAGAGCUGCACCAGGGGGACCCCUUCCAGCAGGAUCUCUUCCAGGAGGACCAGCCUAAAGAGUUGAAGGAGGAAGAACCAGCUCUAAUCUGUAAUCAGCAGAAAGAACAUUCAGAUCAAAAAGAGAAAGGAGGAGUGAACGAGAGAGAAGAGGAAGAAGAGAAGGAGGAUGAGAGUCCAAAGACUCCAGAGGAAGAAAAGUUGAAACCUGAUCCCUUGGAUGAUCUCUAUACUAGUCUAGCCUCCGCUGAGAUCUACAAUAAUGUGUCGAUUCUCGCCAAGCCACAGGAGAACACCGUUAGGGAACACAGUAGCCCCACACCAGAAGUCUCCUCGGAGGUCGUAGACGAUUCAGAAGAAUCACCUAAAGAGAGCCCACCAAAGGUUGCAUCGCCAGAGCCAGAGAGCAAACAGGAGCCGGCAGAGUCCCCAGAAACCACCACCUCCUCGUUACCACCUCAAGUUGGCCCUCGCUCUAUGCCGCCUCAGACCAGCCCUCCCUCCCUGCCUCAGAUAGACUUCUUUCAUUCAGACCCCUUUACUGACCAUGAUCCAUUCAAAGAUGAUCUGUUUGGAAAAGCAGAUGUUGCAGAUCCAUUUGGAGGAGAUCCCUUCAAAGGUUCAGACCCCUUUGCUGCAGACUCUUUCUUCGUACAGACCUCCAGCGCGCCCUUUUCCUCAGAUGACCCUUUCGCUGCCUCAGCUGACCCGUUUGGUACCACUACUGGCGUGCCAGAACCAGACCUGUUUGCAGCCAAACUGAAUGACACAGCAGCUCCACCAGCAGCAGGUCCAGACCCCUUCACCUCCAAACCGAUCAAUCCAGCCAAGGAUCCAUUCAGCUCAACAGGGAACAACAUGGCUGAUUCUGACCCAUUUGGAGGCAAAGUCAACGCCACUGGGGAGGCAGAUCCAUUUGGUUCUCAGGACGGAGGGACAGAUCCCUUCAGCUCCUCUUCACCCAGCUCUGAUCUAGCCGUGAAGGACACAGCAGCAACCAAUGACCCGUUUGCUCCAGGUGGUACUACAGUCAACGCCAGCUCCGAUCCAGAUCCAUUUGCUGCUGUGUUUGGUAAUGAAUCGUUUGGAGGGGGCUUUGCAGAUUUCAGUGCCUUGACAAAGUCAAACGGUGCUGACCAGUUUGGCAUCAACAAUAAGAACCUGUUCCAGGAAGACGGCCAGUCAGCCGGCACCGAUGUUCCCCCAGCCCUGCCCCCCAAAACGGGUACGCCAACGAGACCACCUCCUCCACCUCCAGGUAAGAGAUCGUCAAUCUCCAAAACCGAGUCCUCUGACUCCUUCCAACGACGAGGGCACUUCCUCCCGCAGCCUUCAGGAGACUUCACCUCCUCAGCCUCCUCCUCUUCCCUGCCUGCUAAGGAUCCUUUAGCCGACCCCUUCGCCCCCUCCUCCCCUCCUCGUCACAACGUACGGGAAACUGACCGAUUUGCCAGCUUUGACAAAUAUCCAACAGAGGAAGACAUGAUAGAGUGGGCAAAGCGCGAGAGCGAGCGAGAGGAAAAGGAGCGACUUGCCAGGCUCACCCAGCAGGAACAAGAAGACCUGGAGCUGGCCAUCGCACUCAGCAAGUCUGAACUCUCCUGAGGAGCUCGUUUCCCCUCCUCCUCCCCUCCUCCUCCCCCACUGGCACGGCUCAGCACGGCACAGCACAGCCUGGCCCAGCCCAGAAAGCACCAAAGCAAAGUGGGGACUGUAUAGGACUGAUUCAGCAGCACCUGCUGACCCCCUUGAAGAGACUUUCUUAGAAUAAACCCAUCUCUGAAUCUUUCGACGCCCCUCCUCCCCAGACUGUGUUCACUGCUCACUGGCAUUGCAGUACCGUGUUUCUCUUCCAUCCUGUUGGUCUGUGUGGUUUCGUUUUUGGAGGAGAGGACCAAGAUGGAGUGAAUGCUCUAAGGAAUCAAUUGUUGAAUGAAAUGCAGUGAAUAUGGAUUUAGAGAUUGUCAGAUGUUAGGAUUGCUCUGUUUAUUUCAACAACCAGGCUACGAAUGCCACAUUAACCCUCCAGAAUGUAAUUUAUUUAAACAUACGCUCAAAACUAGAUUGAAAUGGCUUUGUCGAAAGUCCUGUCUUUAUCCACUAAUAACAGUGCUCACUACACUUAAUUAAAAUUCAGCUCAUUCUAGCUUUGGAAGUUAUAUUGAGAAUUUUUUGAGAUUUCUUAGGAUAAAAAUAGACUUGCUAAUUUUUUUAGAGCCCCGAAACCCCCCCCCACCACAUUUCCCUCUCGCUGUUGGCUAAUCUUCCAAACCUUGAAUUGUGUGUAGUUGUGAGACAGCAAGCUCGGGAAACAAAAGUGUUUUUGGAGGCACUCUAACAAAGUUUAAUAAUGCAAGUCAGUCGUUGGGAAGGGAGUGACCAUAUACUUUUCCAGUCCUGUAUGACGGCAGAGGAGAUAUUUUUGUUUAAUUUAACUGGAAGUUUACCAGUCCUCGUAUAUGUGAAGUGCAUGUGCAGAUUUAUACUAAAAUUGAACAAAUCCAUCACAGGUACCACAUUCAGCUUCUAGACACUUUAAUGUCUUUUUAAAUAUCAGUAUUGCUUUGCCCAGCAUAUGUUCUGUGCGUUAUAAGGUUCAUGUUUUGGGGAGACACUGAAAGGAACAAAACUACAUCUAGUAAUCAUGUAACGAUUACAUAUUAGUUAGCAUUAAUUUUCAGGGCACACUACCAAGGUUUUCACAAAACAAGAACAUAACUGCUUUGUCCAACAUGCAAUUUCUGAGAUUUGGAUAGUUCAGCUCUAAAAAGUUGUAUUAAUACUAAAUACUUUUAAUGAGUAUGAAGCAAAUUCUGGGCAAUUACAAGACAUUUUAUUAAUGUGGCCUGAAUGUGUUUUUUUUUUGUUUUUUUGCUGAAAUGUGGAUGAUAAAUUGUUAAGUUUGGACAUUACCAGACACGUUUCAUAAUAGAAACUGGGUUAUCAUCAUCAUAUUUACCUGCUCUGUUUACUCAUGCAUUAAUUGAAUUGUGUUAAAUACUAUUGUUAACCCUGAUUGAUCCACACAGAUCCGGCCAUACUGUGAGGCUGCUUUGGGUAACUACUAUAUUUAAUGAUAGAAGUAUAUUUUAAGAAGAAUCAACUUACUCAAGUAGUCGGUAUCCAUUUCACGAACCUCACCCAGGUCUGAUUUCAAAGUGUGCCACUGUUGGUGCUUCUUUUGUUAACAUUUGUAUGAACUUGUUUAUUUUUUUUUUUCAGGAUGUUUUUCCUUUUGCCUUCCUGACAGGCUAACUGGAUUUCAAAGUCUUACACAAAGUCAGUAAAAGUGGAUUAGUCUCUCUGCGUUUUGGUGGAGCAGUUUGUCUUCUGUCUGUCCACUUCAGGCUAUGCAGCGAUUUAACUUGCAAAAAAAAAACCUGCUGCUGUGUUGUGAGGAUAAACGCUCCCGUUGCAGUGCGACCUCAUUCCUGUUAACGCCCACACAGCAGUCGGUCGGCCAGUGAUUCUUCUUCUUCUUCUUGCUGGGCAAUUUUGUGUUUUUCAAAAACUACGUUGCUUAACACCGAGUGCUAAACUGUGAUAGACAGGUUCUGAAUGAGGGAAGGCUUGGUUGAAGAGCAGGAGGCCUUUGUUUUCAUUUCCUUUGCUAAUUUCUGACCAAACAGUGCACAACAUUUUGGACACUUCUUCCUGUUCGGAUGUUCUCUUUCUGGCCUUGUUUCGAAUGAGCACAGCCAUAGUUUCCCCAUCUCGUGUUUUACUGUCUGUGGUUGCUGCACUUCCUACUCAGUGCGUCUUUCAUAUUGCAGUUUAAGUGUAAAUACAAAAGAACAGGAGUCGUCUGUCUGCUCUUCACCGUCUCUUGUCAUACUAAAGUUUAUGGUUUCAUUCUGUCACAUUUCCAGGCCAACAGACAUGUUGCUGUCACUUGUACAGACUCCUUCAAUUUUCAAAUCCAGAACCACUUACGUUUCUUAGGCUUACCCAUAAAGCCGUUUUAAAACUAAAGCUAAUUGUAUUUUAUUUUGUACUUUCUAACAUGUAAGAAAAAAAAAAUCCUUAUUGGGAGGUUUGGCCAGAAUAUGUAAUGCAUUUAAUUGAAACAGAAUAAAUAUUAAACGUGUA